ACGUUCAGUUGAACACCUCAAGCUUCCACAAACACACUACAAUAUUGAUGGGGGUAGCAAGCUCAAUAUCUUCAGCAGACGACAAAAGGAAAACAAGAGGAACGGUAAAGAUUGCACUGUCGAAGUGAACCGAGCUGCUGACACAAUAAUGAUUCAAUAUUCCCCAGGGAGCAUGUUGGCCAUGAUCCAGGAAGAGAACAAGAUCUGCUCCCAGGACACAACUCUGGAGUACUUGAUCCUCCUUCUUUCCAAAGUGGCUCUGAAUACACUAGUCUUGUCCUUCUGGUUGAGGAGCAUUACCAAAACACUCCUUGGUGUUUGUAGCAUCUUGAUAUACCUGGCGGAUCUGCUGCUGAUCUGCUCCAUCUUCUGGGCAUGGUUGUUCCGGGAGAACCAUGGUACCUAUGAAGUCGUGUGCUUCAGCCUUUCAUACAGCUCCGCUGUUUACUCCCUGCUACCUCUGCCUGUCCUACUGGCAGGAGCUUUAGACUGUGUUAUCCAUCAACAUGUGGGCUUUGAUCAGAAGUCUUUAGGCAGAACUGCUGUCCGCUGUGCGGUAGUGUUGCUGAUUUGGACACUGGCUUGCUUUUACUCUUUCUGCUACACAAACACAGAGCUGCUGACCAUCCAGUACAAAGAUGUCAAAGCUCUUGUGUGCUCUGUAGAAGGAUCUGUGGCAGUCAGUCAUUUCAGUUUGAUUCUAUUCAUCAUUUUAGGCUAUAUACUUCUGUUUCACUGCAGAAAGCUCCCACGCUGGAUUCGCCUGGCUAAUAAAUUGGCCAAGCAGAGGACUGGCUCACUUUCUAUGAGUGAUCUAGACUUUUCUAGGAAUCUGGAAAAGCUUGAAUCAGGAGCCUUUGAGGACGAUUACAUGGAUAUCAUGCAGGAUCGUCCUCCUCUCAGCAUCAGUCUGGUUCUUUGCUUUGCAUUGAACUGGACACCUUACGUGCUUAUGAGCGUGACCUGUGAUCUCCUGGGAUUUACGGUGCCAGCUUACGCAAGUGUCAAUCUCCUUUGGACUGCCUGUGCCAACAGCUUUCUGGUGGGUAUGGCUUUCUGGUACAGAAGCAAUAAGCAUGGACCUUUCUGUACACUGCCAGAUGACAUUUGUCCAUGGAGCUUUUACUGGUAUUUGAGUAAGGAAAAUGGCCAGUUUACAGCUAGCACAAAACUCAAGACUGAACCGUCAAUUCUCCAGACUCUACAAUAACUUUUGGCAGUGAAGAUACCUUUUCAUUUGCAUCUUGUCUGAUCAUCUCUGGCACAAAGUCAGAUGAGCUACAUCAUAAACCCCCCCGUCACUUCACAAUGGUGAAAAACGCAUUUCUAUGAAUAAAACACAUCGGAGGUCACAGGGUGAGCUGCUUUGGGAAAAAUGCACAAGGUUGUCCAAAACAUGAGAAUGUUAUAUAUUCAGUGCUUCAAACAAACCCGUAAGUGUAUUAACAGAUCCAUGUGCUGUUUAAUGUGUUCCAGACAUGUUUUCUUCAGUACAGAAAUUUCAUUUUUUUUACCUUUAUAUCCUUAUCUGUAAAUGUUAGAAAUUCAUGCCAAUAUUUCCAUUUUACAUAAAAGCUCGUCCUGACAGCGAGUGAGUCUCCAUUAAACUUCACUGAAUGAGCGCGAGUCCAUGCAUGCGCGUCAGUCAAACAGCACGCAAUAGAAAGGAAGCGCAUUAACUUUGACUAAAAUAUUCAUUUUGAUCAAAUAUGUUGUUCGAUGCUAUGUUUAGAAACAAAAGUAAUUGUGUUGAGAGCAGUAACUGUAAUGGGGUUAUAACAUGUCAUUGUAUAUAAAUGUAAGACAUGUCAUACAUUACCAGAAUAAAGUAACAUUACUGUGUUCAAA